GAUGGGGCCACUUCUAUACUGUAUUACUGCCAAGAAAAUUACCGAUGAAGUCUACAAGAUUCAAGCUCGAUUCAAAGGUGGCGUCAGUUUUUCGUAAUUCUGAACUUCUUUAGCAGAAUUACCUCCGGUUUCCACGCGGCGUCUCCCUUGUUUCGUUCAACGCGCUCUGAAAUGGAUAAUGGCACUUUAGAAGGUGGAGCGUUGGCUCGCUAGGAACUUCAGUUCGAUGGCGCUGUUGGCGGUCGAGCUGAAGCUUUUGCUGCUCGCACCGGAAGAGUGUUCCCUCCCGAGCAUCUUAUUUCCACUAUCCGACCAGGACUUGCAAUUUCCCCUUUUUUACAGUGAUCUACUAGGACAAUAUGGAAUUUGAAUCUGACACUGAUGUUCUUCUCUACAAAAAUGAUGAGUUCAGAAUAUUGUGCCAUGGUGAUGUAUACUGUUAUACCAGACUACUGAGACAGGCCCUUCAAUAGUCCUGCAAAGGAGAAUCGAUGCUUAUACCUAAAAACUGAUAUUUUUCUGAAGCAAUGACAACUUUCAGUAGUGUUUAUUACAGGAAGAUUUUGUAUCUAUUCUCUUACCAUGGAUAUUUUAGAAUGAAUCAAAUUAAAGAUACUCUUCUAAAUCCCUGGCAUAGAUGUCUGAGAAAUUACUCCUAUUAUAAAGCCAAUUUGGUCUCAGCUGUUGAUGUGGUCAAGUAUUGGCAAGCGGUGUUUGAGGUAAACAAUAUCCCAGAAGCGCAGACAUCUUCUGAAUAUAUUGUUUCCCAUGUCCUGGGAGCAAAAACAUUCCAGAGUCUGAAUGCCAGCAGCAUAUCUGCUCCCCUUUCAGCAAAGCAACAAAAACAGAUCCAACAACUCUGUGCUAAACGACUACAACGGAUGCCAGUACAGUAUGUUCUCGGUGAAUGGGAUUUCCAAGAUCUGACACUCAAGAUGAAGCCUCCAGUUUUCAUUCCUCGACCAGAGACAGAGGAACUGGUUUCACUCAUUCUGGAUGAAGAACACAGAAAAAGAUUGACUUCUGCAUGCAGCAAGGACCUUCAGGAUUUCUCAGAGACCUGUGGUCCAGUUAUUUUGGAAGUUGGCUGUGGCUCAGGGGCAAUUGGUUUAAGUCUUCUGAAAAAGCUUCCUCACAGUCAGCUCAUUGCCAUUGAUAAAUUAGAAGCCGCUGUGAAACUCACCAAGGAAAAUGCUGAACGGUUACAUCUACAGGAAAGAAUCCAUAUUUUUCACCAUGAUAUAUCUUCAUGUUCUUGGGAAUGCCUACAGCCUUGGGGUUUGGUAGAUACUAUCAUCAGUAAUCCACCUUACAUUUUUCAUGAAGAUAUGAGUGGCUUGGCGGCAGAAAUUCUCUGGUUUGAGGACCUCAGUGCCCUGGAUGGAGGAACGGAUGGGAUGAGCAUAAUCAAAGAGAUUCUGAAAAUGGCCUCUUACAUUCUCAGGAAUUGUGGUUAUGAAUUUUGGACCAUGGAAUCGUCUACUGGACAGAAGAACUGGACAGAGGAAAAUCAACUUGUUCAAGCAAUGAUGUUUAGAGAGGGUUUCUUCAAAUUCAUUGGACAACAAAGGAGUGUGUAUUUGGAGGUUGACCCCAGGCACCCCAAAAUGGUAACAAAUUGGCUGUCCGGUCAUCCUGAUUUGAACCUCUUUGUAUCUGCUACACACAAGGACUUCUGUGGAAAGCCAAGGUUUCUGCACAUUCAAAAACGUAGGAAAGAAGAUCAUGACUAGUUCUGUAUGUUCUAAGGAAGCCAGAUGUCUCUUGAUAACAUCUGCUAACUCGCAUUUUGCUGAGGAGGAUUUAUUUCAAAUUUUCAAGUUACUUUGUGGUUAUUCCAGUUGUUACGUGAGAUAUACCAUUUAUAUCCAAUGUAUAAUUGCUAUUUUUUAUCUUAUAAUCACUUUGCAUUACUCAAACUAAGGGCGUAGAAUGGAGGUAAGAAUAAAAUACUAUAAAUGCAGAAUAAAAUACUUUUAUAGAAACAUGAGAUAUAGAAACAUUUUUUUAAAUCAUAAGGAGAAACUUAGAAAGAGAUUGUUUUUCCUUUCCAUUCCAUUGUCCCCUAAUUGCUAUUUAAGUGUUUGCCUAUUUAGAGUUUUUGAUCUGUAAUUCAGGUGCUGAGAAGCAGGAAUUGAAUUUGCUGAACAAAAUGUGUAUGUGUCUAUAAUUAGUACAUGUCAGAGGGAAGCUUCAAAGUGUACUCUGUGCUUGAUAAUGUAUUAGUAUUGGAUUUUGCUGCUUAAUUUCCCUUUUGAUAAAUACUAUUGUAAAAUGGCAUGUUGUUGUUUUCCAGUGCAUUAUUUUAGGAAUGAAAAAAGCACUCUGUUG